UGUGUGUGUGUGUGUGUGUGUGUGUGUUGGAGAAAGAGGCUGAAGGGAGGAGUGUUGGAGAGCAUGACAGCGGGAGAGAUCAGAAAGAGAGAUCGCUUCAGCUGGAGGUGAUCUUGCAUGGACAGAACGUUGGAUGUGUCAGGGACAAGGCUGCAUUUGCUUUUCGUAACAUUUUUCCUCUGGGUUGCCGGUUCUUUGGUCUCUCUGGACCUUAUUUCUUCCCGACAGACUGCUUCUCUUGGAGCACAGCAGAUCUUCUGUCCUGGAAUGAGGAAGAUCACACUGAAUGUUCAGCAUCAGUCAGUCUAUGAAGGUAAGCAGUCCCUCUAACGUUAAGGUGACGGUGAUAUGCACCAUGACGCAACAUUAUGACGUCAAUGCUGAUUGCUGACACAGUGCAGCAAAGGAUGCUGGGAAAUACCAAACGGUUUUUUAGCAGUGCGGAGGAGAAAGACAACGAGGAUGAGGAAGAUGAGGAGGAAAGAUUGAAAAGAGGGAAACAAAAUGGGAUGAUAGAUAUGGGAGACAAGGAACACCAGAACCGCGGUGGACGCAAGGCCGAGGGGUCCAAACCAGCAGCCGUUGUGAUUGGAUGGCAGAGAGGAGAAAGACCACCUAGGGCGGUCAAUUCUGCCCAAAGAGGAAUUCCUCAUUUGCCCAGUCAGCCGACGCUUUACCAUCAGACGACCAAUCAGCCGCUGUAUCACCCGGUCCUGACCAAUCAGCAGGCACGGAGACGUCUCAUGGAGCGAAGUAUGACCACGGUCGCGCCUGUCGAAGACUCGCACCUCGCCGUCAUGGUGUUCCGUAUUGGCAUCCCUGAUCUCAAACAAACGAAGUGUUUGCGGUUUGAUCCCGAUUCCUCCGUUUGGAUUGCGAAGCAGCAGAUUAUUUGUACCCUCAGUGAGUCGUUGUGGGACGUUUACAAUUACGGCCUUUUCCAGCCAGCGGGAGACAGACGAGAUGCCAAAUUCCUGGAAGAAGAGCGCUUGCUUCGAGAAUUCUCACAGUCCCUGGAGAAGGGAGUGCCCUACCUGGAGUUCAGAUACAAGACAAGAGUCUACAAACAGACCAACCUUGAUGAGAAACAACUAGCAAAGCUGCAUACCAAGGCCAAUAUGAAGAAGUUCCUGGAUUACGUUCAGAUUGGAGCUGUGGAGAAAUUGAGUAAAGCUCUGGAGAAGGGACUCGAUCCAAACUACCACGACACUGAGAGUGGAGAGACUCCUCUUACUAUGGCGGUUCAGGGAAGUUUGAGCAUGGAAGGAAUCCGUGUUCUGGUGCUGAACGGAGCUCAUGUGGAUUUCCGGUCCAGGGACGGUUUCACGCCGCUUCAUAAAGCCGUCAGAGCUCAUAACCAAUCAGCACUGCUGGCACUGCUGUCUCUGGGGGCGUCUCCGGAUUAUCGAGACCGCUGUGGUCUGACGGCACUGUACCACUCAGUGCUGACAGGGGGUGACACUUCCUGUUGUGAAACUCUGCUGUAUUACAGAGCACGACUGGGCGUCCGAGAUGAGAACGGCUGGGACGAGUCACACCAGGCGUGCCAGCACGGAUUUGCUCAACAUUUAGAACAUCUUCUUUUCUAUGGUGCUGACACCACUUCGCAGAAUGCAUCAGGAAACACUGCCCUCCACAUUUGUGCCCUUUAUAACAAGGAGAGCUGUGUCCGGGUCCUCCUUUACCGUGGAGCCAAUAAGUUGAUAAAGAACAAACAUGGCCAAACCCCUUUCCAGGUCGCUGUGAUGUCUGGCCAUUUUGAACUUGGAGAAAUCAUAAAAAAUCACAAUGAUGCAGAUGUCGUUCCAUUUUUGGAAACUCCUAAAUAUGCCCCUCACUGUAUGGACAGUGUGCCGAAUCAAGCCCUCACAGCUGGCCUUCAACAUCCGCACACGCUGCUCCGCGCCAAGAGCGAGAACACGAUGACAACACUCACGGAUUCUGUAGCUCCGCCCACCGCUGCUGCCAGCAUGCCGCCUGCUCAGACUCAGCGCCGGGCGUCUUUUGCUCUGAGGAGUUCCAGCAGUCCACGUGGAGCUCGGACACGUUCUCCAUCUCGUGGGAGAGAGGGAGGAGACGUGGAGGAGAAACUGCAAAAGCAACGUGGGAGGCAAGGAGGGGGCGGAGGUCAGAGGAAGAGGCUGUACAGUGCGGUUCCGGGUCGCGUGUUUGUGGCGACACGUUCUCACUCAGCUCACGGCGAGCGUGAGAUCACCCUCAGCAAAGGGGACAAGGUUAAAGUGCUCAGUGUGGGUGAAGGGGGAUUCUGGGAGGGGACAGUGAAGGGUCGCACAGGCUGGUUUCCUGCUGACUGUGUAGAAGAGGUGCUGCCCCAAAACCAGGAGCUGCAAACAGGGAGCCGCAGUGAGAAAGCGAAGAGAAAACUGUUUCGUCAUUACACUGUUGGAACAUACGACGGCAUUGAGGUGUCCAGUGACUACAUCAUAAAGGAGAAAACUGUUCUUCUGCAGAAAAAAGAAAAUGAAGGCUUCGGUUUUGUACUCAGAGGAGCUAAAGCUCAGACUCCAGUUGAAGAGUUCAGUCCGACCCCAGCCUUUCCUGCUCUGCAGUACCUCGAGUCUGUCGAUGAGGGGGGCGUCGCCUGGAGGUCUGGUCUGCGGAUGGGGGACUUCCUGAUUGAGGUUAAUGGGAUGAAUGUAGUGAAGGUGGGCCACAGACAGGUGGUGAACAUGAUCCGUCAGGGCGGGAACAGUCUGAUGGUGAAGGUCGUCAUGGUAGCACGCAAUCCUGAGAUGGAGGAAAUGCCCAAGAGGAAAGUUCCCCAGCAAAGUAAGCGGCUAACCCCUCCGGCCAUCGCUCUACGCUCCAAAUCUAUGACUUCAGAGCUGGAGGAGAUGGAUCACACAGAAAGCUCACAAGCUCCCGAGAAGAAGAGGAGUGUGUAUCAAAUGGCUCUCAAUAAGCUGGACGAGAUUCUAGCCGCUGCUCAACAUUCAAUUAGCACGUCAGACUCUCAGGGUCACAGAGGUCACGGGGGCAAGAAGGAGCGAAACAAGGGCUUUACCGCUAAUGAGCAAACUUAUGAACAAUCAGGUGUUGGCAUGAUGUCAUCAGGGUCUGGGUAUGGUUAUAACCAAGCCCAGUUUUCAUCAAGCCAUUCAACUCAACGUGCAAUGAUGAUGCGUCAGAAAUCUAUGGGAGUGCCUGAAGAGGAGAGGGUACAUCUGCAUCCUCCUGCUAUGAAGCUGUCCCGCAGUCUCUCUGUGCCAGGACCAGAGGAUAUUCCCCCUCCACCCGACACCUCAGCGCCUGAGCCACCCUUAUCUGCCGGUGGUCACACAGACAGGAGAUCAGCACCAACACAUUUUUUUGGUGUCCCGCCUCUGCCUCCAUCGCAUCAUCAGCCUCAAAGCCAGACACAGCACAGGGUCCCACCUAACCGCAGGGCGGAAACUGAUACCAGCAAGAUUAGCGGAGCAAGAAUAGGUGGCCUGCGGCGUGGCUAUAGCAAUGCCACGCCUCCCUCUGAUGUGGGUGCCAAGCAGUCCACCGUACAGCGUACCCAAGUGACAGGGGUUGCCAAGAAUGCAGGUCGGCAGGGUGGGAAAGGGCUGUUGGUUAAACAACGCAAGGUGGAAGAGGCGACAAGCAGAGUGGAAAAAAAUUCAAUUUCAAUCCCGACGAUUAUUGUUAAAGCUCCAUCUACUAGCAGCUCUGGUCACAGCAGCCGCGCGAGCAGCGAGGAUACAGAGCCACCUUCUGAGCGUAAUGAAGAGCAGGAGGAGGGCAAGCCUCAAAAACCAGUUACUGCUCCUACACCCACUCCACCCCAACCACCCAAUAUACCGCCAAAGCUGGAAUCUCUAGGCAGGAGCACAGCAAAGCGUGAACGUGAGCAUUACCGUGAUUCCCGUCGGAGAAGCGCCUCUUUCUACUAUUCCUCUGAGGAGGACAUUUUAGAUGAGCAGGAGUCUACUCGGACAUCAGCUGAGACUAGCACCUCUGCUCGUUUACGCCCUUCCAAAUCUAUCGAUGAGGGCUUGAUCUCUGGUGACGCCUUAAGCAUGCCGCCUGCAUUCGGUUUGCCGCAGUAUGCAUCUGCUACACCUCAUCAGGCCACUACCUUCAUCCACCCUCUGACGGGAAAGGUUUUAGACCCAACAAGCCCUCUUGGACUAGCACUGGCAGCACGGGAACGAGCGCUGAAAGACGAUCAUCGUACACGUAAAGAGGAACGACACUUUGGUCGCCAGCUGUCCAGCACUGGUGUCUUUCCUUCCGCUGUCUCCUCUCCCAACCAAAAGCAAGUUCCUCCCUUCUAUAUCUACCAAUCUCAAACCUCACUCUACCUUAGUGGUGCCUCUCCAACAUCAGGUGGGCCAGUCCCACAGAGUCGCCCCCAGACUCCUCAGAUGCUACGUUUUAGUGGUGGUGGGACGGGAAGUUUGGAAUGGAAUGAACAGAAUGUAGCGGAUAGAGAGGAAAGAGGGGCUACCAAGGUGCGGUUCACAGAAAAUCAAGUAAAUCAGUAUCACACUAACCUUCAGGACAGGGACAACAGAACUAACCAGUACCAGACUUACCUGAGGGACAGAGAGAGAGAAGGGCACAAGAGGAUACCGCCCAAGCCCCCGCCCCGCAGGCCAUCCUUUCCAGGCAAGGAGAGUGAGCUCAGCAGAGCUGGCAAAAGUCCUAUUAGCAAUGCCCAGGAGACAGAUAGGGCAGGACAGAAGAUGGGAGACAGGAAUAGAGAGAGUGGAAUGGAGAGGGAAAUAGAGAAAGAUCCAAAGAGAGGAGAAAAUCUAGGAGAUCGAGAUGUAAUGAUGCUUCCACCUCCAGCACCUUCUGUGGAUGUGGAUGAUGAGUUUGUGUUUGCAGAGCCUCUUCCACCCCCAAUCCAGUUUGCCAACGGGAUUGAACUAGACAUGCGCAGAAUGACAGAAUAUAAUAAACAGCAGAAGGAGCUUUCAGAAUCCCAGUCACUCAAGGAGUCCCAGCAAACGCUGCCCAAACCCUCACAAGACUCCAUGUCCCUACCAGUCAACACUCAUGCUGACUCUCAGCAGACCCUGGUCCAUCCUUCUGCAGUUGUACAUCCAUUUAUUUUCCCAACAAAUCCUCGGAUACCCUCUACCCAGUUGUGUCCGAAAAUACCAGCCCCAAAUCCAUCCCAAUCCCAACCCCCAAAUUAUUCCCAACCUCCACAACAUCCGAACACCAGCCAACCACAACCUUUACAUUCCCCACAAGCGGGAGACUCUGCUGCAUCUAGUCUUACAUCUUAUGACAGUGAGGUGGCCAAUCUUACUCAAUCUGCUCUUUCCCCAUCUCUUCCUUCUCUGCAAACUUUUCCAUCUUCCAGUUCACCUUCUGCCCCACCUUCGUCAUCUGACCCUCUGCAUCGGCCUCUCCCGCUGUUCUACCCACCGCAAGGCCAAAGCAAUGUGUCUCUUUCAUAUCAAACCAUGCCUGCAACUGCAGUAACCGUCACCACAACAAUGCCUUUGGAAAGCGUGUCGUUGGUCGCAGGUGACCAAUUUCCACCGGAACAGAAGGGCCGUGAUUGGCCAGAAUCUGUGGUGGAUUCUGGAAUUGAAGAACUGGAUAGUCACAGCAGCAGUGAUCAUCACAUGGAAAACCUUAUGAGGGAAAGAGAAGGAGGCCAAGAGAAGGAAAGAGGAGGAAUAAGGCGAGAAAGCAUGGAGAGCGGGAUUGUUGGUGAUGGGUUUCAAGGCGACAGACAAGUGUCUCUUGAUUCGACACUUUCUCGCUCAGAGAAAUUUGUUCAAAAAGCAAACAGCACUCAGAACAAAUCACACAUGCACAAAUCCAAACCUCCAAACCUUCCACUGACCAAAACACAAACGCACAACAUGUCGAAGUAUCAUGGACAUGCAGAGAAUGGGCGGACUGGACCGUCACUACAGCGGCAGGCUAGCACCGCUCCCGACAUGUACAGAUUGAGGGAAGAGCAUGAAUUGGGAAGAGGAACUGAUACUGCAGUGAAGAUGAUACCGUUUAUGGAUCGCCGUCUGAACUCUCCUCUCUCCAGUGUUAAAGCCAGUAUUAUUAAUGAACUGAGCAGUAAACUACAACAGUUUGGUGGUUGGCAGGAUCAGGGGCCACAGCAAAAUCGCAGGUUUUCAGGUGAUUCCCCCGGCUGCGCGCCCCUCCUUCCCACCUCUGCGCACCCUCUCCAGCGUCCCUUCUCUCCAAACCUUCCCCCUACCUCUUUAACAUCUAACUGCCCAGCUGCAGCUUUUAACCCUAACCCUGUACCCUCAUCUCCACUCCCCGUGACCUCACUAAACCCAGUCUUAACUCCCACCCCACUACCUCUGACCCCAGCCCCUGCUCCACCACCUCUCAAAGACUGGACUCCAUCGAAUUCUCCUAUUUCUUUUACUCACGGGAUUCUGUCCCCUCCGUCGUUGCCUCAUGUCCCACUGUCUCCCCUUUCCCUCGCUCAUGCACCCCUCUCUCCUCCAUCAUUACCCCAACCACCCAUUUCUCCAAUAUCUCUCUCGCAUCCACCUCUCUCUCCUUCCUCUGUGUCCCACUCUCCUCUCUCUCCUUCCUAUUCCCCCUAUCCCUUGUCUCCAAAACAUCGCUCAAAGUAUCGCGGCAAAGCUUCAGAGUUUCAGUUCUCGGGGCCGGAGUUGUGGCGUUCAGAAUCGCAUUCGUAUACGCAGCGUCGCCGAGCGCCGAGUCCUCUCAUCUCCUGCUCGGACCACCCACAACCCGGACCCCCACGACCGUCCUCACUCCCUCUAUUUCCAUCUACGCCACUCUAUGGCUCUCCGUAUGAAAUACAACCCCCUUUAACGCCACCUCUAGCAGUCGCCCACCAUUUAUCAGAUCACUUUUUCUCCCAUACUUCUCCUCUGUUCCCGCUUCCAUCCCCAGUGGCUCCUCUGAACCCCGCACUGGUAUCCAGCUCUCUCUCCCCUACCAACUUCCUCUCUGGAGGCUCCUCCCCUUCUUUUAUGAGUUACCCACCCCUAACUCCUUCUCAACCCAAUCAGCCCUUUGUGUCCAAGCCCCUCCCCUACUGGAGCAAAUACGAUGUUGCUGAUUGGCUGACUUACCUGAAUCUGGCAGAGCACCGGGAGCGUUUUCUCGACAACGAGAUUGACGGCUCCCACCUGCCGUCUCUGACGAAAGAGGACUUCCUGGAUCUGGGCGUGAGUCGGGUCGGACAUCGCAUGAACAUUGAACGUGCGCUUAAGAAACUUACGGACAGGCUCUCCUCUGCUUUCUCUGUCUCCACUGUUUCCUCUGAUGGGCAGAACGAACGCAUGAGGGACGAGGGGACACAGAGCUAGAGAGAUUUAGAGAGUGACAGUCAGUUAGAGGAUAGAAAGAGUUGGGUUAUACAGACGAAAAGCACUUGGAAUAAAAGGGAAAGACGUCCGCUGAAGGACACGCACUGGAUGUGGAGGAUUGCGAAGGAGAACUGACAUGGAAACGCGUGCAGAGCGAACACUCACGGAGUGAAAGCAAAGCAAUCUUCUCCCUCUUUUACUUCUGAGCACGCUUGUCCUCCCAGUUGAAGCUAGGAUGACAAACGUCCAGAGCCAUUCAGAGACAGACAGAGAGAAUGUACCUCUUUCAUUGUUUUUGGCUAGAUCAAACGUGAAGGAUUUUAGUAAUAUGAUAUUAAUAUAUUCAUACAAAAUGAGGCUAUUGUGCAUAUUUUAGCAUCACGACGUGCAGGCUUUGAUUCAUACGAUAAUGACCAUAACUGAAGUCGACAUGAAAUCCAAAAUGACCCUGUUUACCUCCUUAAUGCUCAUUCCAGGUCUUAUUCUGCACCAUUCAUCGGUGCAUGUCAUUCCAAACAAACAAAAAAACUUUCAUUUGAAAUAUAAUAAAGGACGAUACUUACAUUUCAGUCCCUCCCCUUCAACCACCUGUCAUUUAGAGACCAUGUUUUUUACAAUCCAAUCGAUUCUUAAUGGAUAAAAUUCAAGUCCUGCCAAACUUUUUUUACUCAUUCAGUAUUAAGUAUUUAGUUGCAAUCAGAAAUGCAUCAGAUUACAGAAGUGUAAUGGGUUGCAAACAGUAUUUCAUGUUGACUUAAAACAGUAAAGGCUCUAAAAACAACAACAACAACAUCAUUCCUAUAAUUACAGUUCCAUAUAGGGAUUAAGUCUUUAAGCAUUUUAAUACCAUAAGCAGAAUCAGUCUUCCAAAGAUCAGAACACAAUUAAAGAACCCAUCGUUUCUAUUGCUUCAGUGAGCUUCGUUCAGCCUACACAAACACACACACGUACCCUAAUACAGACUCUGUGUGUGUGUGCGUGCGUGCGUGUAUGUGUGUGUGUUUGCUAUGGCAGUGGUUGUUUUAUAGGAGUAAUGCGUAACUCCAUUUCAUUUGAGAAUAUAUUUAAGGAUAUAGGAACAAAGGAAAUAUAUAUAUAUAUAUAUACUAUAUAUGUGUGUGUGGAAAUGUAUGCAGAAUUAAAGGAAUAUAUAUAU